AGCUGUUUCCUCAAGUUCCCUCGAAGCUCACGGGAAGACUUUCCCCAGCUUCUGCCCACUCUCACGGUGAGCUGAUGGUGGACCUUAGCGCGUUUUGUUUUUGGAUCUAAUCUCUGCGCUGUAUGAAUCCAGCAACAAGUGGUGUCAGCAUGUCUCUGGCGGAUCAGCAGCAGUGGUGUCCCACAAGCGUCCAGGUAACGGUGCAGCAAGCCAGAGGCCUCAGGACGAAGGGGAAAAGCGGCACCAACGAUGCGUACGCACUCAUGCAAGUGGGCAAGGAGAAGUUUCAGACGUCGGUGGUGGAGAAGUGCGUGGCGCCGGUGUGGAAGGAGGAGGCCGCUUUCGAUCUGCCCGGAGGAGGAGGAGGUGGAGGAGGCACGGAGCGAUGCGUGCUGCAUGUCCACGUCCUGCACCGGGCCCUGGUGGGUCCAGACAAACUGCUGGGACAGGCUGUCAUCAACCUGCUGCAGCUUAGUGAGGACAAAACCCGCAACAAGACCGAAUGGUUCAAGUUGCUGGACAAGACUGGCAAGGCAGAUAAAGACAGAGGAGAGGUGCUUGUGAACAUCCAGUUCAUGAGAAACAAUAUGACGGCCAGCAUGUUCGACCUCUCCGCUGCCGGCAAAUCCAGAUCUCGCCUGGGCAAGUUCAAGGACAAAGUUCGUGGCAAGAAAAAGGAAUCGGACACCGCGUCCAACAUGGUGCCGUCCUUAACUCAGGUUCUAACAGACAGCGAGGGGGAGGAGAACGGGGACGGUGAGGUCGCUGAGGGCAAGGAUGAAAAAAAGAAGAAACAUAAAAUGAAGUCUUUGUUUUCUCCCAAGUCUAACCUGCAGAAGAACAUGUCCCAGUCCAUGUCUGUUCUGCCUGCGAAGAACUCCUCACUUAGCGGCAGCCAGUCGUCUGGUCUCAAUGUGGAUUCCUCUGAAGGUAAAAAGAAGUUCAAGUUCAAGAUACAUAAACGCUCAGGCAGCUCAGGCAACAAGGAUUCCCCCUCUGGUCACCAAAAACAGGGCACUGUGGAGCAGAGUAACCUGUGCAUCAAUGGCAGUCAUGUAUACUGUGAAGAGCCGCUGCCUCGGACCUCUCGCAUCGGCUCAAACUUCAGUAUUGCCAGUUCAGGCCACGGAUCCAUGGAGGAGGUCCCUGAAAGCUCUCCUCCAUCUGUUGAUUCACUAAGGGGGGUGAGGCAAUAUUCACCAUGGACAGAGGAGGAGGAGGAGGAGGAAAAUAUAAAAGAGGAUGUGGGUGAACUAAGAGGGGAGGAAGAGGAAACGAUUAUGAUGGAGGAGGAGAGGAGGAGAAAAGAAGAGGAAGAGGAGAGGGCUAAGAGACAAGAGGAAGAGCUUGCAGAGGAGAAGAGGAGACAAGAGGAGAAAGUUAGAAAGGAGGAAGAGGAAAGGAUUAGAAUGGAAGAGGAAGAGAGAGCUCUGGAGGAGAAGAGGAGACAAGAGGAAAAGGAGAGGGUUAGGAUAGAAGAAUUAGAGCGUGAAAGAUUAACUGAGGAAAAGAGGAGACAAGAGGAACAAGAAAGAAGGAGAAUUGAGGAAGAAGAGAGGGCACAGGAAGAGAGGAGGAGACAGGAGGAACAAGAAAGGAGGAGAAUUGAGGAAGAAGAGAGGGCACAGGAAGAGAGGAGGAGACAAGAGGAAGAGGAAAGGCUAAGGAGGGAAGAGGAAGAGCGUGAAAGAUUAAGAGAGGAAAAGAGAAAACAAGAGGAGCAAGAAAAAAGGAGAAUUGAAGAAGUAAAAAGGCAGAGAGAGGAAGAAGAGAGGGCACAGGAGGAGAGGAGGAGACAAGAGGAAGAUGAGAGGCUAAGGAGGGAAGAGGAAGAACGUGAAAGAUUAAGAGAGGAAAAGAAAAGACUCGAGGAACAAGAAAGAAGGAGAAUUGAGGAAGAAAAAAUGCAAAGAGAGGAAGAAGAGAGGGCACAGGAGGAGAUGAGGAGACAAGAGGAAGAGGAGAGGCUAAGGAGGGAAGAGGAAGAGCAUGAGAGAUUGGAGAAGGAAAAGAGGAGACUAGAGGAACAAGAAAGAAGGAUUGAAGAAGAGAGAAUUAGAAAGGAGGAAGAGGAGAGGGCUGAGGAAGAGAAGAGGAGGAGACAUGAGGAAGAGGAGAUGGUGAGGAGGCUUGAGUUAAAGAGGAGGCUUGAGGAACAAGAAAAGAGGCAAAGGGAGGAAGAGGAAAGGAUUAGGAUGGAGGAGGAAAGGGCACAGGAAGAGAGGAGGAGACAAGAGGAAGAAGAGCUUAAAUUAGCAAAAGAAAAGAGGAGACAAGAGGAAGAAAAAAGAAGGAAGGAGGAGGAGAAAAGGGCUGAGGAAGAGAAGAGGAGGCGAGAAGAAGAGAUGAUGAGAAGACAAGAAGAGGAGCGUGAGGAAAAGAGGAGGCUUGAGGAACAAGAAAGGAGGAGAAGGGAGGAAGAGGAAAGGAUGAAAAAAGAGGAGGAGGAGAGGGCGAGGAGGGAAAAGGAAGAGUUUGAGAGAUUGGUAGAGGAAAAGAGGAAGCAAGAAGAGGAAGAAAGAAAAAGGAUUGAGGCAGAAGAAAAGACUAGAAGGGAGGAAGAGGAAAGGAUAAGGCUAGAGGAAGAGAGGAGGAGAAAAGAAGAGGAAGAGCAUGAGAGGUUAGCAGAAGAAAAGAGGAAGCUAGAAGAACAAGAAAGAAGGAGAGUUGAGGAAGAAGAAAAAAGACGAAGGGAGGAGGAGGAAAGAAUUAGGAAAGAGGAGGAGAGGAGACAAGAGGAGGAGGAGAGGGCUAGGAAGGAAAAGGAAGAACAUGAGAGACUGGUAGAAGAAAAAAAGAGACAAGACGAACAGGAACGGAAGAGAAUGGAGGAAGAGGAGAGGAUCAGGAGGGAGAAGGAAGCUGAAAAGGAGAAGAGAGAAGAGGAGGCCAGGAAGCUGGAGAAGGAGAAGUCGGCAAAAGAUGCAGAACAGAAGAAGAAGGAAAAUAAAACCAAACCCAAAGCUCCAGGGAGGAAACCUAACGUGGCUGAGAGGAGCCCUGCAGGAGUCACCUCUACUAACCCGUUUGAUGAAGACUUCUCAGAUCCUUCUGAGGAGAUUCUUGACUCACCUGAUGGACCUGACAGCAGCACAGCCAAAGUGUCAACUGCUCAACAAAGGAUUCAAUCUGCUGCAUCAUCCGUGAGGAGCAAUCCUGUUUCCACUGAUGAAAAAGAUCCCAUCAGCACUCAACGAGAGAAGCGACCGGCUCCUCGGCCUCCAGGAAGUAAUCAAGCAGAGAGACAGAGUCAGAGGGAACAGGACGCAUCUACACGCCAUCUGGCACAAAUUAACAAGCAGAGUAAAGACAAAGACGUCAAAACUGUCAGUGUUCUCCCUCAGCGCCUAGUGCAAAUGAUCGCCCCUCUGAGUAGGUCUCCCACAGAUGCAAAGAACACCCAGAGCUUGACGCAAAGUAGCACCACCAGGGGAACAUCAAAUGCAGCCAAACACAAUAAACGCCCUGCGCCGUCUAGACCGCGCUCUGCGGAAGAAGAGCCACCAUCUGAACAUAAAACAGCCCCGUCCUCUGAUGGCAACAUUUCCAAUAAAUGUGCCUCAGAGGCAAAACAAGCCCCGAUUGUUUAUGGCUUGAAUCCAUUUGAAGAUGACGAGGAUGAAAAUGCAGCCCUAGAUGAUACAACAAGCUCUGGUAAUACUGCUUCAGUACAAUGGCUCCCAGCUGUGUCACAAGCUGCUGAUAAAGAUGCAGCCUCUCAUGCUAAAAUCAAAUCCUCAAAGACCCGUGCUCCCCCAGUUCCUGCACUGAAAGCUGCAACGUUGAGCACUUCAGUCGGACAAAACACUGACGGAGGCAAUGUUACAGAUGAAACAGGUGUGACUGAACCUGAUAGCCGUUCACAUGACCCUGAGACUGUAAAUCCUACAUCUGACCAGGAUGCUUCACCACAAGAGUCCCAGCCUGCGACGGUGCAGAGUGCUGGAGAGGACGCAGGUGGGAAGAAGGAAGGACCUCCUGUAGCAUCACGCAGGCUUCAACCUGUAAAACCGCUUAAUCCUUUGGAGCAGCGAUCUGUUUCAGCCGUUCAAGGGGAAAAAGAGAACAAAUCCACAGAAAUCCUUUGUGAAGUUCAGGAGAAAACAAAGGUAAAUGGCACUGAGCUGAAAGGGCCCUUCUCCCAGCUGACUCAGGAGGAACUCAUCUCCCUGGUGAUCAAACAGGAAACGCAGCUCGCAGACAGAGACAAGAAGAUAUCGGAUCUGGAGCAGUACAUCGACAACCUGCUUGUGCGUGUCAUGGAAGAGAACCCGACUAUUCUCAUGUCCCUGAACGCUAUGAAGUAAGCUGCCCAGGUGGAUUCACAGCUGACACUUUAUUCCCUCUGCACCUAAUCAGUUCAGACCCAGUAAUCUGACAAGGCCACAACAGAAACUUUAAAACACAGUGGAUUAUAUCAUGAAAGAUAACUGGAGUAAAAGUUUACAAGGUUGAAACGGUUUAUAUUUCCCAAGAUUGAAUAAAUAAUGAUGAAGAUUUAAAUAUAUUGUGUACAGUUAGUCUUGCAGAAGCUGCUGCGGUUUCAGCUGAGAGCUGUACAUUACUUGCAAUCAAAGAUGUUAAUGAUUACAAAGAAAUUCUACAUUUUUCUAAAAGAUGAUUAGCAAUAUUUUUGACACUUGUGUGAUGUUGAAACAACCUGUUCUGUGUAUUUGUUAUUUUCAUAUUGAGCAUAAAAUUAUUUCCAGAAAUUGCUUUGAUACAAAUGCUGCCAACGUGACAGACUUAAUUACUGUAUUUGAUGGCUAACAGGCUGCUUACUGUACCCUGGAGAUAUCUCUGUUAUGAAGAAUGAAGUAUGAGGAAGAGCCAUGUUUUUCUGUCAAACUAUGCACUAGUUACGGAGAUGAUGUUUCUUGCUCUUAUACUGAAUGACAAGGUUUACAUGAUUGUACUAACCCCCAAAAGGCACUUUACGCAGCUUAUACUAACGUGAUGUACACUGAAUUACUGUCCUGUACAAUAUGCAAAAUAAAUACAUUUCUUUCUUGUUCUGAUAAA